AUGAAAUCAAUUGAGAAUUCAAGAAAAGAUUAGGUAUAAAAACAGAUUAAAUGUAAAAAUAUUACUGUUAUUUUAGUAAAUGAAGAGGUUUGGAAUUGGCAUUCUGGAAUACAUAUAGAAUAAGGAAUAGAAAAUCAAAAUAGAUCAAUAAGAAAGUCUAAUUUUUAAAUAGAGUUUACAAAUGAUGGUUGGCUUAAUUAUAUAAUGGAUGGGACUAUACUUAAGGCGUAAUCUAUUAUUAUUAUAAAUAGAGAAAAUCAUUUUGAGAAAAAUGUAUAACCAGAAAUCAUAAGAAAUAUAGAUUAAAUUAAAAAUCUUCGAUGGAAAGGAGAAUAUGAUAGGAAAUAAAGAAAAGUUGGAAAAUGGAAUGCUUAUUGGAGAGGUGAUAAUAUUAAUGUAGGUGGAUAUUACAAUGAAGAUGGAAAGAAAUGUGGAAAAUGGAUUGAACCUUUUGUAAAUUAUUAUGAGUAUAUGUUUAAAUGAAAAUUUAGAAUAUCUUAGGUUGUUAUUAAAGGAGAAUAUAAGUAAGGUUUAAAAUAGGGAGAAUGGAUAACAUAUCUAUAGAAUCAAUAAAUGUAAAUAUAUAAAAUAGAAUUCAUAGAGCUAAUGGAAUUUACAAUGAAAAAGGAUAAAAAAAUGGGAUUUGGGUUGAACUUCAUGAUAAAUAUAGUCUGUAUUAUAAUAUUACAAAUAAUUAGAGAUCGUGUAGUGACUUUUAUUGGUGAAUAUAAAAAUGAUUUAAAAUAAGGAAGAUGGAUGGCAUUUGAUUAAUUUAGUGUGGGUAAUGAUAGAGAAAUAAUGUAAAUAUUAUAAUUCAAUUUUUAUUGUGGUGGGGGUGAAUAUAAUAAUAAUGGAUAGAAAAUAGGUUAUUGGAUAGAUAUACAUGAAAAUUAUCAUUGGUAUUACAGUUACAUUAAUAUAUUAGUCAAUGUAUAGUUAAAUAUUCUGGAAUAUAUAAUGAUUAUGGAGUAAGAUAAGGAUAAUGGAAUAUUUAAUUAAAGACAAAUUAUUAUCCCGCUUUUUCAUAAAUGUAUUUUUAUUAAUUAAAAUCUAUUUAGAGGAGGAGGAAUAUAUGAUGAUAAUGGAAAUAAAACUGGAAAAUGGAUAGAGUUAUAUGAUGAGUUUAGAAAGUAAACAUUAUAGUUUAUUUAAUAAAGUGUUUGUUAAGUAAUUUUGGAAGGUGAAUAUUCUAAUGGAAUCAAAUAAGGAAAAUGGAUUACUUCAUUUAGAUUAAAUGAAAAACAUAAAUUUAAGAUAAUGUAAUUACUUUUAUUAAUUCUUUUAGUGGUGGUGGAGAGUAUGAUUCUUAAGGAAGAAAAAUUGGAAAAUGGAUAGAUUUGAAUGAUAAUUUUUAUAAGUAAAACAUAAUAAUUAUAUUUUAGACAAUGUUAAGUUAUUGAAUCUGGAUAAUAUGAAAAUGAAUAAAGAAUAGGAUCAUGGAUAAUCAAAUUUAGAUAUACAAUAAAUGAACCAUUUAAUAGAAUGUAAUAAAUUUUAUUUAAUCUUUAAAGUGGUGGAGGUAUAUAUGAUGUUUCUGGUAAAAAAAAUGGUAAAUGGGUUGAAAUAUUUAAAAACUUUUAAAAGUUUAAUAUUUUAUUUAUUUCAUAGUUCAGCAUAAGUAACUUUUGUUGGAGAUUAUUAAGAAGGAAAGAAAUUUGGAAAAUGGAAUAUUUAAUUAAGGAAAAACUUAAAAGAAAGAAUUUAAACCAUGUAGAUAAUAUUAAAAUUAUUUAGAGGUGGAGGAAUUUAUGAUUAAAGAGGAUUAAAACAUGGUUUAUGGAAUGAUUUAAUUGAAAAUUUCAGAAGGUAUAACAUAUUCAAUAAUAUUAGCACAAACUAUGUUAUUAUGAAAGGAGAUUAUUAAUUAGGUAAAAAAUAAGGAUUGUGGAAUAUUUAUUAUAAAAAGAAUCCACAAUCAGAUUUAUAAAUUAUGUAAUAUUUUAUUAUUAUUUAUAGAGGAGGAGGGGAAUAUGAUCAAAAUAGUGAAAAAAAUGGGAACUGGAUUGAUUUGAAUUAUAGUUUUGGAAACGAGAUUUUUGAACUUUUAUUAAUAUUUAUGGGUAAAUAUAAACAUGGUCAGAAAUUAAAACCAUUUAGUAGUCAGAAUUUAAUAUGA